CUCCUCUCCACUCCCAUCCAGCAACAGCGCAACGCAAAUACGCACGAGCAAUCAGCGCCGACCCAUCCUCUCGCGGCGGCGCGGCGGCGGUGGCUGCUGCAGCGGCGGCGGAUUCCAGUUCAGAUCUUGCCCAGCAGAUCUAGGGUUUCUCUCCCUCGACUCACCAAUGGCUUCGGCGGCGGCGGCGGCGGCGAAUCAAGUGGGGACGUACUUCCUCCGCAACUACUACAACCUGCUGCAGCAGAACCCCGAUGUCGUCCACCAGUUUUACAACGAGGCCAGCACCAUGAUCCGCGUCGACGACGUCACCGGAAUCAGCACCACCGCCAACUCUAUGAUGGACAUUCAUUCACUCAUCAUGUCCCUCAAUUUCACCCAAAUCGAGAUUAAAACUGCCAACUUUACCAACUCAUGGGGAGAUGGGGUGAUUGUUAUGGUCUCUGGUCUUGUACAGACCAAAGAGUACAUCAACCAACGGAAAUUUAUCCAGACGUUUUUCCUUGCACCUCAGGAGAAAGGUUACUUUGUUCUCAAUGAUUAUUUCCACUUUGUUGACCAAGAACAAGUGCAACCUGCACAGGGGAUUCCUCAGGAAAACUUUGAGACCAACUUGGCGUCGACCGUCCAGACCAGUCCAGAGUACAUUCAUGAAGAAGAAAGUCAAACAACACAAUAUGCUGUUCCAAUGCCAUCUGAAGAAAAUGAUGCCGUUGACAACUAUGCUUACUCUGAGCCACCACAGCAAGUCGUUUCUCAUUCGGACAACUGGGGAGAUGAACCUCUUCCAGAGGAACCAGUUUCUUCCUUUUCAAAUGGAAUGGCAGUGGCACCAGAAGAGCCAGUGCAACAACUACCUGUGCAGGCUCCUCACGUAGAGGAACCUGUUGGGGAGCCCGUAAAGAAGACCUAUGCUUCCAUUCUAAGAAGCGCGAAAGCCCCACCUCCGGUCCCUGUGGCCCAGGCUGUACCUGUGAACAAACCUCGCCCUGCAACCGAGUCAAACCAGGCAGCACCGGUUAUGACUUCAUCGAUGGCAGCAGAUAAGCCCAAAUCUGAUUACUAUGGGGAAGCCCAUGAGGAAGAAGAGAGCAGAUCUGUUUAUGUUGGGAAUGUACCAUCAAAUGUACUGGAGGCUGAUCUUGAGAAUGAGUUUAAGAAGUUUGGCCAGCUCAUUCCUGAAGGCGUUGCUAUUAGAAGCCGCAAGGAAACUGGUGGCUACUAUGCUUUUGUGGAAUUCGAGGAACUCAGUGGUGUCCACAAUGCAUUACGGGCUUCACCACUUGAAAUAAAUGGGCGGCAGAUAUAUGUGGAGGAGCGGAAGCCUAACAGUGGAAUAAGAGGAGGAAGAAGGGGUGGCAGAGGAGGUCGCUUUGGUGGCAGCAGUGGCGGCGGUGGAGGUGCCCGAGGAUACGCCAGAGGCGACGAGUACAACAACAACAGUAGCCGUGGGAGGUCGAACGGCUACCAGCGUGCCCCUCACGGCGAGAGGGGCAUACUAGGGGCGAGGAACUGAUGUUCCUUUCCUCUUUAGAAGAGGAAAAUCAUAAGAGGUUUUGAUCUGUGGGAGGGAGCAGGAGAGGUCCAAAACUUGACUAUUGGAGCGCUCCAUUCCGUUAGGCUGCGUUUGCGGUUUUGGGGUUUUGGCUUCUUGAGUUUGUCACAGCAAGUGAACGUCAUGCUGUCUGUUCGUACCAACUAUCGAUAGAUGCUUAAUGUUGCUAUUGCUGCCUUCUCGUUUA